CUACCUGUCGACGUAGAUGCAUAACAAAACCAGGAACCAAACAAUGUUGGAAUGUGUUAUAACCUAGUAGCUAACUAGUGUGGUUUACCAGUUAACAGAACCAAAUGCCUACGGUCAAUAAGUAUUUGUUUUUAUGUUAGUUUGAGUCAGAUUCCAUAACAAUGGUGAUUCUUGAAUACUUUGCAGAAGUUCUUAAUUUGUGUUUUGAAGAGCUUUGCUAGUGAGCUAGCUAACCAGCAAACGUUAGCCACGGAAGAGCAUAUCCGUAGACGUAACUAUUGAUAGUUGGUGCAGCUUUCCAAAACUGGUCUACAUCCAUUGCAGCUGAUUCACAUAGAGGAGUAAACCUAAACUGCAAAGGUAAGUGAUACUUGAAUAGGCUAUUUCAUUUAAUUGUAUAGACUAUAUUUUCCCUUGCAGUGUUUGUGCGGCAUUAGCUAGUUAUAUAAACAGUUUCUUCGUGCCUGUUUGGUGUUACCACUUCUUGGUUUCAAGCAGCUCUGCCAAAUAUAUAGUGUUGUUUGUAGCAGAGACUUGCAUAGACGCUGAUGAUGGCCAAUACGGAUUUUCACCUUCAGUUUCAAGAAUUUGAAGAUGAGUCAAAUGCAAUGGGCAGUAAGUCUCAAGAAACUACAAUAAACAUUGAAAAGCACAUCAGCAAACCCCAGAAGCAAAGAAGGGUAGCAGGAGUCACUUUACCAGAGGAGGAGAAUGAUCCACUUGAAACAGAUGACAAAACUAAGCUUCUCUCUGGUCAAAAAGAAAGAGCUCCUUUCUGGACCUUUGAGUACUAUCAAGCGUUUUUUGAUGUGGAGACUCAUCAGGUAAAGGACAGAAUCAUUGGAUCAGUUCUGCCAUGGCCUGGUAAAAACUUUGUUCGCGUUUACAUCCGAAACAACCCUGACCUCUAUGGACCCUUCUGGAUCUGUGCCACACUUGUCUUUGCCAUUGGUAUAAGCGGAAAUAUGUCCAGCUUCUUUGUGCACCAUGGUCAGCCACAAUAUAAAUAUGUUCCUGAUUUUAGGAAAGUAACCAUGGCAGCGACAGCAAUCUAUAGCUAUGCAUGGCUAGUUCCAUUGGUCCUGUGGGGUUUUCUGGCAUGGCGGAACAAUAAGGUCACAAACAUUGUGACUUACUCCUUCCUGGAGAUUGUUUGUGUGUAUGGUUAUUCCCUCGCCAUCUAUGUACCUGCUGUGGUCCUAUGGAUCAUACCAAGUGAAGGGCUUAGAUGGUGCUCCAUUGUUGUGGCUCUUUGUCUGUCUGGCUCUGUGCUGGUUUUGACGUUUUGGCCAGCUGUCCGGGAUGACCGCCCCCGGAUUUUCAUAGCAAUAACCUUUACUAUUGUGGCCCUCCAUGUUUUGCUUGCAGUUGGUUGUAAGGCAUAUUUUUUCAGCACCUAUGAUACUACAAACACUAUAAAGGUGGUUGAACCUGUCGAAGUGAACAAGACUCUAUCAGCCAUAAAAGCACAUUAAGCUUCAGCUUCAGGGCAUAGAAGCAAGCGUCUUUCUGUAUAAGAUGACCUAGGCUUUGGCAGUGAUGGAGAGGCACUCUGCUAUCUGACCUACUGAAUAAGAAUGUGAUCAGCUGUGUCUUUACGAACUCACUGCCACAGUAGUAUUCAAGCAGUAUACAUGCAUGUUUUUAACUUGAAUCUCAGAAGUGGGGCAAACGGCUCUUUUGCUAGGACUGCCACUUCAUGUCAACACUUGAGACCAUACUUGCGGUACCUGAUUUCUCCUACAUAUGUUAUUCCUCUUCAGUUGCAGGUUCUCUUGUUGCCUUAAUAGGAAGAAUCAGGUUUCCCCCUUAUGAGGUCAUGGGUUGUCUGGAUUUCACCAAACCAGUGACCCAUGUGUUCUGCUAUGAAGUUUCUGCUCUUUGUGCAGUUAUGGAUUGUGUGGGACAUUUUUUAUGUGAACCACUGAAUGUUGAAUAUGAUUCUGAUCUUCUUCUGAUAAGACUUUUAGUGUACUGUUAGCCAGUGAACUUUGCCAAGGGAUUUAUAAUACUGUAUAUAAAGGGGUUUGAAAUAUUUGUUAUUAUUGAACUUGUCUCUUAAAAGGGUAAUUUGUGUUUCAGCCAUUCUAUAACUACAUACUCUAAGGACAUUUUUGCUUUUGUAUAGCUUAAAGUCCAACUUGCAGUACUUGCUGCUUAGUUACUGAGGGUAAUUGUUUUGUCUCUAUGCCAAAGUGCAAUCAUAGAAUUGACAACUUCUUAUGUUCUUAUGAAUUUGCAUACAGUUUAAUUUUUAUAUAGUUUAGAAAUGGUAUCGCGAACCAUCUGUACCUUCGCUAGAGAAUCGUUUAAAUGCUGACAAAUGUUAGGGCAUAAUCUUUGAGACUAUGUACAAGAUAUGCUCAUUGUUAUUCUAUAAUGAACAUUUAAUAAUUAUUUCUUUUAGGUUUAGAUUUUAUAAUGUUUAUAAGAAAAUAUUACCUCAAGGUCAUGUAAGCAUAAACAUGAAAUUAGUGUAAUUAUUUUCUUAUGCCAUGUAAGUGUGCUGUCAUGCGGUUCUCCUUACAAACUCUUUGGAAAUUAGCUAUUUAUGUAAAAUUGAUAGUGAUGUGGCUUUACACUCUUAGUAUCAUCAGUUGAGUAUUAUAAUCAUAAUUAUACAAUAUCAAAACCUUGAGUGACUUUGGAUCUAAAACUACCACCUUUUUAACAUACCUGUCACAUUCAUGUAAAAUAAGUGAAUAAACAAAUUGGGGGUUUUUUUGUCUUAUA